AUGAGUGCGAAAGAGAAGGAGUCGCUGGCGAUGAUCAAGAAUUUCUUCCGAAAGUCCAAACCCAGCGUUUCAAACUCCCGGAACGAUGUACCAAUUUCGGCCGAACUCGAACGCGAGCUGCGCCCGGAAACGCCCGUGACGCAGCGCUGCAAGGCACUGAAGGACUUUGGCGAGCAGGUGUUGACGUACCGGCUCGAACCGGAAGCGGUCCAGUCGCUGUGGGAACUGACGAAGGAUCUGCUGGUCGGCAACAAGCUGAUGGAGCAGCGCCAGUGCGCCCUGGCCUUCUACUGUAAGCUCAUCCAGGGCCAGUACGAUAACCUCGGUCUGAUGCGGGCCCAGUUCUAUCGGGUGAUCGUGAGCCACAGUGAACCGGAGGACAUUAUGUACCGGCUGGAGAUGCUCAAGAACCUCACCGAGGUGGGUAAAAACAUUCAGCACUUUGAGCGCGAAAUCGGCCCGUUCCUGCUCGACUGGAUCAAGCCGAUCCACGAGGCGGGCCUGAUCGAGCCGCUGCUGGAGCUGAUCGUGAACCUGAUAAAGUACAAUGCGGCCAGCCUGGAGCCGAAGUUUCUCGUCGGUGUCGUUUCGUACAUCUUCGACAUGACCUGCAACCGGCAGGAGACGACCACCGUGCUGCUCUGCCUGUCGGUGCUCGAUUGUUUCAUCUGCUACGCGAUCAUCCCGAACGAGUCGCUCACGCUGUUCAUCAUCAUCCUGUGCCGGGUCGUCAACCAGGAAGCGUACUGCCAAACGUCAUGGAAGAUUAUGAAAAACCUGUUCGGAACGGCCCUCGGGCACGCGACACUGCUGACGAUGUGCGGCAUGCUGAACAAUCCGGCCUUCCACCAGGACGAUGCGUUGCUCCGCGGGGCCGUGUUUCACACCAACAUGGGCCUCUGGGGCGUCGGGAGUGUCGUGCCGAUACUCAACUGUUCGCCGUCGCUCGUGCUGACGAGCUUCUGGAAUGCCCUCAAAAGCAAGCACGUGGUCGUGACGUACGAGGUGAUACUGAGCAUGAGCCGGCUGAUUCAAAAGUCGGGCCCCGAGCUGAACGAACCGACGUGGGACAUUAUUUGCGAUAUUAUGAUGGAGAUUUCGCACAACCUCGGCAAGCACCGGUUACCGGGCGAUCACUUCGUCGUGACGCAGUACCACGAUGUGCUGAACAUGAUCGAAGCCAUCCUGCAGCAGGGCACGAUCAAUGCGGAUCCGGAAAAGAUCUACGCCCUGAUCGAGCACGUUUCGACCGAGCGCCCGGAAGCGUCGGUCCGGCGGCUGAUCGACUACAGGGCGUCCCAAAUCUCGGCCACGCGCUCCGAAUGGUUGCGCCAGCUGUGCACGUUCAUGGAUCGGUUCUACCGCAUGAAGAGCAGCAGCGUGCGGAUCUAUGCGGUGCAAGCGCUCGAGAAGAUUAUGGCCGCCAACCGGGCCGCGUACGAGGACGAGAUCCUCGAGCGGAUCGUAAUCGUGCAUCUCGGCAGCGUACCGUUGGAGAAGGACCCGGAAGUGCGGAAAGCGGUCGCGAAGGCACUGAUCGAGUUCACGGUGCACUGCGAGACGAAGCGUUGCAUCGAGCUGCUGGAGAUCAUCGAGAAGCUACUUCACCGACCGUACGAUCAGCAGCCGGAGGGCUUCGCCGUGUGCAGUGAGCAAGAGGUGGAAGACAUUGUGCUGCUGGUGGACGGUUUGAUACGGGUGUUUGUCGUGAAGCUGUAUCGGUUGCCGUCGCUGCAUGCGAUCCGCGUGUACAGCAUGUUGAUCGGGCUGCUGGAGCUGCACUAUCAACGGCCGCACAUCCUGCAUCACGUCAGCACCAUUCGUUAUCGGAUCUUCGCCUGGAUGCUGAAGGCGCGCGCUAACGCAUCGUUUCACAUCGGCUACCCGGACCCGGAAGAUGGGCAGCGGUCGGUGCGCUUUUCGCACUACCUCGGCAUCGAAGGCCCGUACCAGCACCAGAGCCUGCAGCCGCAGCCGUACCUGUCGAGCCAAUCGUCGAGCCAGCUCAACCUGACGCAGAGCGAGGGCUCGAAGGUGAUGGAUCGCAUUCCGGCGACCAACCUGACGACGAUCUCGAUCAAGCGCGGCUGUCAGGUGAUCGUGCUGUGUCUGAAAGAGGAAAAAGACUGGGAGGUAAUCCAGCUCGUGCUGACGGAGUUGCCGAACAUUAUGCAGAACAAGGCGCUGAUCCAGGGCAACGAUGUGGACUCGCUGGCCCGCACCCUGUACCGCAUGUACGGUGAUCGGAUGCAGCUCGAGAAGCUGCAGGCUCCCGCCAACAUGCAGCCGAAGCUGUCCGACUACAUGGAGCUCAUCCUGCCGGCCCUGUCCAGCCUGGCGAUGUAUCAUUUGCAUCUCGAUUUUAACACGCAGAAAAACAUCAUCGACGCACUGAAGCAAGGGUUGAUAUCGCGCCGGCCACACGAUGCCAUUCGGACGCUCACGAUCUUGCUGCUGGAGAUGCCCGAACAGCUGAUGCCCAAAAUGGCCGACCUGUUGCUGGAGCUGAGCAAAAUGACCGACACGAAGAUGGUGGCGCUCCCGGUGCUGGAGUUUCUGUCGACGCUCAACCUGCUGCCGAGCUACCGGUUCGGGAACUUUAUCAUGCGCACGUACAUGUGCGUGAUGGCCAUGUCGCUGCCGUACACGAACCCGUUCCGGUACGACCACUACACCGUGUCGCUGGCCCACUACGUCGUCGCGGCCUGGUUCAUCAAGUGUAAGCUCCCGAUGCGCCACCAGCUGAUCAAGUUUAUCGUGCAGGGACUGGAAUCGUACGUGCACGUGCCGUUUCAGGAUGGGUCACGCUCGUUCUCGCAGGUGAACGAAGACUCGUCGGAGCGCAAGCGCAGCUCGAGCCUGACGGAGCAGAGCUCCCGGCGCCGCGAUCGUAUCCAGGCGCACAAGCAGCAGCAACAGCAACAGCAAGCGCAGGGUACGGCGGGUGCGGCCGGUGGGCCAGUCGAAAAGGCAAGCUCCUCGAAAGCAUCACAAGCCGGAUCGCAGCGGACCGGCUCGCUGUCGGCGGUAAACGACGACAUGUACAAGUUCCACUGCGAGUUGGCCGAAACUUGCGUCGACUUUCUGGUACGCCACACGUUCUCGCCGUGCCCCGGCAUCUCGAAGCGGCUGCCGUCGGCCGAGUUUCUGCUCUCCGGCGGCCAAUCGAUGACGUGGCUCAUCGGGCACGAUCUGAUCACGAUCACGACGAGCGGCUGCUCGGGUGUUACGUUUCGCCAGGGGCUCUGCGAUCGUUGCCAUCUGUUCUGUGCGUCAGCGGUGCCAGCGAACGGACCGGGGGGAUCGGCCGUAAGCACUGUAGGGGGCCCGCUGGGUUCACAACAGCACGCGCCACCCCUUGCGCAGCAUCACCCGCUGCUGUCAAAGUCAAACAGUAGUGCCAGUACGGCGACCAACUCGAACGCCGGGCACACUGCCGGCAUUCAGCCUCUGUCACCCGAACUGCCGAGCCUUGGAGCCUCGUCGGGGAAAGACUCUGGCCUCGGGGGGGCCGCUGGCGGAACGGGUGGCACCAUGACGGACAGUGCAGCGGCGAGUACGACGGCGGCAUCGGUGGUCAACAGUGCUUCCGGCGGCGGCGGUGGUCCACCGUCGUCAUCUUCGUCGUCGUUGUCGGCGAAUAAAAGGUAUACCAAAGCCAGUUUGCAACACAGUAGUGCAAACGAAUCCGACAGUACCGAGCUGACGCUCAGUUCGGCAUCGUCCUCGACGGCCGUGACACCAUUCCCGCACUCGGCCCAUACGGUGCCAUCGUCCGCUAGCAGUGGCACGGGGAAUCGCUUCUUCAAUCGGCAAGGCUCGCAGGAAGGAUACUCGUCCGGUUCGCUGGAGGCUCUGUCUCGGCGCGGAAGUAAUCCCGACUCGGGUGAUCCGAUCGCGACCGGUGCACUGGAGCAGCGCAGCGGUGGUGCACCUCGAGCCCCACCACCGGGUCUGAUGGCGACGAUCGGUAACCGGUUGAUACUGCCGCAGCAGCUGAGCGGCUCAUCGUCCGGGUCCACCUCCGGCAUUGGGUUCGAUCGGCCGACCGUUCAACCGUGCGCCUGUUCCUGCACCGGCUGGGCGGAAGUUUGUGUCCGUCGGCCAACCGGUUUCACGUCGUGGAUCACGCGCAUCCAAAGCCAAGUGUCACACGACAUCCUCGGUGGCGAUGCGUCCCUGCAGGAUCUGGCGACCCUUUUUGCCCCGAGUGUCGGUGGCGGUGUGCUCGGGCUGGACUUCCCGGGUGUCCCGGGACAGCAUGCGUACGCUGGGGUAGGAGCCGCCAUCACCGACGGCGGUGGCGGCGGCGGCGUUGGCAGCGGAACUACACCGUACGGAAGUAGCGCCGAUAUUCCGGCCAGCAUCAUCGACCACCGGCAUUCGCUCGGUUCGGGCGGUACGGAGGCUGGCGGCGAUCACGGUGCGACGGCGGCCGCCAGUGGUGGUGCGUUGGUCCGUGCCACGAAGGUGUCCAUCUCGGACGAAGUGUUUGAGCUGGCGAGACGCGAAGACCCGAAGAAGAAGCUGUCGGUGGAGGAAGAGCAGGAGCAGAGCGAAGAGGACGAGGAGCUGAAGAAUGUGAUGCUUUCGGGCCCGACGACGGUGGCAGACGCGUGUGGUGGGGCCGGUGGUGGCUCGCUGGCCGGCGGAGGGUCGGGCCCGAUCAACAUUCCCGGCAAGCAUACGCUCGCGUCGGACGACGAGGACGAGGAGGACACGGAGGACGAAGAGGACACGGAUGAGGACGAUAACGAGAACGAUGAUGACGACAGCGGUGACGGCGGUAGGGAAGGCCGUGGCGCGGACGGUGGCGUUGUGUUCGAUGACAGCGAAGGGCGCUCGCGGAAGCCGGUCCGACGGGUGAACUCCAGCCCGGAGAUGCGCUCGAAGUGGAACAAUCAGUUUCUGAACAAAGCGAAAGAUCCGGCCAGUGGCGGCGGAACGGGCGCCGGAGGUAUGAUUGAAGGGCCGGCCGGAGAGCAGAACACCGCCCUGGUGGUCACAGCGGCCACGGUGACCCCGGGAGAAACCGGGACCGUGGUGGAGAAGAAAAAAUCGACCUACGGCAAGGGCGUCAGCUGUGAGGCGAUUCCGGAGGAGAUUGCCGGGUCGACGCCACCCGCCAGCAGCGGCAGCAGUAGCAGCGGGAGCAGUAACGCGGCCACCGUAACCACCGUUACCAGUACCAUCACCAACAUCACCAGCACCAGCACCAGUACCAGUACGAGCACCACGACUGUGCGCGGAACCGUGUCCGCCAAGCAUCAGGCCGAGUUUACGACGACGAAAUCGGCCAUCACCACGUCACUGCCGGAAUCGAACACCGUCGAAGUGCCGACACCGCGCAAGCAACACUCGGCGGAUGAUGCGACGGCCAGCACGGGCCCGCCGCCACCGCCGAGUGACACAUUGAUCCAUCCGGUAGCGGCGGCCCCCAGCUCGAAUCCUACGGCAAACACCAUCGCUCCGAUCGCCAUGCAUCCGAUCACGCAAACGUCGUCAUCGUCCGCCCUCAGCCUGAAGCUGCCGAUGGAGAAGGUUACCAGCAAACCGCCGCAAUCGCCGGUGCCCCUGUCCCCGCGGCUGCUCGCGCGCAACAAUCUGAAACAGUCGAGCUCCGGCACGGCAUCUCCCUCGUUCCCGGCCAUGUCGGCGGGGGGCGGUGUCGGUGGCGUUGGGCUGAUCGGGGCAAGCAACGACAACGAUUUGCCUCGGGGGCGCUCGAAAACGAUCUCCACCGUCCGGGAGCACUACUCGGGACGGGACGGUGGCAAGUGGAGCGCGGCCGGUGUGCCGCGGAUGCGCAGCGAGCACACGAACCGGACGGUCAUCAGCCCGAGCUUCGUGUUUCUGCAGCUGUACCACCACGGCCAGUUCGGCGGUGCGGAGCGGCCGGUGCUGAUGGACCGCGACCCGGAGAAGGCGAUCGCGCUGCUCGAUCUGAUACCACCGUUCGAGAUCCACAAGAUCGGCGUGCUGUACGUGGGGCCGGGCCAGGCCGGCAACGAGACGGGCAUACUGAAGAAUCGGUACGGCAGCCUACGGUACAACGAGUUCCUCAGCCGGCUGGGGACGCUGGUCGCGAUCAAGGAUGCCAAAGAGCGCAACAUCUUCAUCGAUCUCGAGAGCAACGGCAAGGACGGGGCGUUCACGUACAUCUUUCAGGACGACAUCGUCCAGAUUACGUUCCACGUGGCGACACUGAUGCCGAACAAGAAGCAGGAUCCACACUGCAACGAGAAGAAGAAGCACAUCGGUAACGACUUCGUCACGAUCGUGUACAACGAGAGCGGCGAACAGUACGAUCUGAAGACGAUCAAGGGUCAGUACAAUUACGCGUGCGUCGUCGUGGAACCGAUCGAGCUGAACAGCAAUCGCGUGUUCGUGCGCUCGAAGGACGACAUCGCGCAGCACGUGACGCACGAGACGAAGAUCGUAUCGGACAGUACGGCCCCGCUCCUGGCACGCCAGAUGGCGCUACACGCGAACUUGGCAUCGCUGGUGGCGCAGUCGCUGAAGACGAAAAACUCGAGCCCGUACGCCUCGAACUGGCUCGAGCGGUUGCGCAAGAUCAAAAACAUUCGCGCCCGCUACGGCCAGGACGAUCCGCACCAGCACCAGCAGCCGCAGCACCAGCAGCAGCCACCACAGAAGCAGCAACCGCAGCAACAGGGCGGCUCGGCGAACGAUCUCAGCUCGACCGCCGCCAACAGCAGUUCGGGUGGCAUCGCGUUCCGCAUGGACGACUUCUCCAAGUACACCGUCUGAAGGAUCGAUCCGUUGUUCGCGUGUGUUUGUGUGUGAGGGGCAGGACUCGGACAUUGUUAUACACACGCUCUAUGUUACUCACUGUCGCAUCCCGCGCAAGUUCCGGCAUCACUUUUCCUCCUGCGCGUCGGCCGGAGGAGGCUCUUCCUAAGCGGCUAAGUCAGAUUUCCAACCUCCAACCUCCUUUUGUUUUGUCCCCAUCCGUCCCAAUACACGCCUGUAAACCAGAGACCCUCACGCAUGGGACCUUACAUGCGCAACAUAACUAACAAACGUGCGGUUCCGUUUACGCGAUACGAAAGAGCUUUCCCAAAACCACUGUGUCACGCAAGGGCGAUGCCGGAGGACGCCGGAGGUGCCGUAACAGGAC